AUGUCCAACCCCACCAACAACCACUCAUCCCGCUUCGAAAUCCGCCAACUACGCCCAGAGCACAUCGAGUGGGCCAAAGCCGUGCACUCCCACAGCAACAGCUUCUUCUCCCCCAUCUGGCCAAAACUGUACCCCAACCUUCCACCAUGGCGCAUCCACGAGUUUUUCUCCGCCUUCGACCACCUGGUACGCCACCAGAUCGAGUCCGGCCUGUCCUACGGCGUCUUCGACACAGAAUAUAAAUUCAAGGACCCCGAGUCCGCAAAGACGGGCGGGAGGCUAUACUGGGAACAGCCCACCACAGAUAUCGAAAAGGAGGCGACGACACAGCAAUCCCUCCUCGACCAGAUGGACUUCCCGCUCGUCUCGAUCGCUCUCUCCUUUGACCCCUUCAACCCCUUCGAGAUGGAAAAGAUGAUGUCCCUAUUCGCCCUGGCCCCGGAGUUCGCCUUCAUCAACGCCCAGAUCAACGAGAGGGACACACGCGAUCCGGCCAUGCUGGAGGACCCCAGCGCUCCCGGCCAGAUCCUGCGACGCAACUCCACCGCCACGCGCGCGGACUAUAUGGGCCUCGGGCUGAUGAAGAUGCUCUCGCAUCAUCUCAUGAAUGAGGCUGCGGGCAAAGGGUUUAGAGAGAUCAAGAUCGAGACCUUUAGCGAUGCUGUGUUCCAUGUGUGGACGAACCCGCCGUCGCCAUACAAGGCGGAGGUGGUGUGUGAGUUGAAUUUGAAGGAGUUUGCGGGCGAGGUGGAGGUGUUUGGACAGACGUUACCCUUUGAGUAUGUCGAUCAGGUGGUUGCGAGGGUUUAUGUGAAGUUUAAAUGA